CUGCCUAUUGCUCUAGUUCAUCAGAGCCCUGUUAAAUCCUUUCACAGACAUUUGUUAACAUUUUCAUUAAAUAACUUUAAAUACACACAUAUACAUAUAAAUAUAAAUAUAUACAUAUAUAUUUAAAAUUAUAGGCAUGUGUCAGUCAAAAAUAUUCUAAAAAAUACCACUGAACCUUUGAUACGUUUGCUUGGCUGCCAAUAAAAAAAAAACAGAUAAGAAGUUGAAUAUCAGUAAAUGCUUGUAAUUUAAACUUAAUAUUUACAUCUAAAUUUAUAAAAUAGCCUCGUCCUUUCAUCAGUAGAAUAAUCAUUUGUGGUGUGUUGUGUUUAUUUUUAAUAUACACAGCACCAUCUUCAAUCUAUGUCAGGGCUUAAUGGGCAGUCAACUAAUACACUGCGUUAAUAGGAUUGUGAGGACUGCUUUAGUCCACUGAACCUUCAUUCACAUGUUUCGACAGUCAGGUGUUACACAGUGAGGGAAGGAUAUGAAGGACCCGCAGCUCCCAGGCAUGAAGACGCAGCUGUGGCCGAAGCCGAGAGCGAGCAGGAAAGCCCAGGACGAGCCUCCGUCGGGGGAAAAGCCCGCGAGGCCUCCGGCCUCCGCUGCCGCGCGCGCUGUCCCGCAGGUGACGGAGGCCGAGCGAAUGAGGCAGUCGCCGUUCGAGAGGGCCGUGUACGACAUGGCCCACAACCAGAAGAUCGUCAGCGACCUGAUGCUGGGGCGCCGGGUCGGCUUCUACGAGCUGCGCGGGGAGAUCGGCCAGGGCAACUUCUCCACGGUGAAGCUGGGCGUGCACGUCCUGACUAAAGAGAGAGUCGCCGUCAAAGUCAUGGACAAGCUGCGUCUGGAUAAGAAGAGCCAGCCUCUGACGUCCUCUGAGAUCAGCUGCAUGGAGAAGCUGUGCCACCCCAACGUGGUGCGUCUCUACGAGGUGAUGGAGACCAGCAGGCGGCUGUAUCUGGUGAUGGAGUACGGCAGCGGCGGGGACCUGUUCUCCCGGAUCACCAGCAGGGGGAAGCUCAACGACCUGGAGACCAAGCUGGUGUUUGCACAAGUCCUCUCUGCUGUGAAACACAUGCACGACAACAACAUCGUCCACAGAGACCUUAAGGCCGAAAACAUUUUCUACACCACCAGCUACUGCAUCAAGGUCGGGGACUUUGGCUUCAGCACCCAGAGCAGCCCCCACGAGCUCCUCACUAAUUUCUGUGGCUCUCCACCUUAUGCGGCCCCUGAACUGUUCAAGGUCAAAGGUUAUGUGGGACACUACUCAGAUAUUUGGGCCCUGGGCAUCCUCUUGUACUUCAUGGUGACAGCCACGAUGCCGUUCUUUGGGGACAACAUGGGGCGGCUGAAGCGCUGCAUCCUGCAGGGCGCUUACAGCAUCCCCCCCUAUGUGCCUGAUCCAUGCCAGUCUGUCAUCAAGGGCAUGCUGCGUCCCGUGCCUGCGGAUCGCUCCUCCCUCACGCAGGUCACAAGCAGUGCUUGGCUGCAGGGGAUCCAGUACCCGGGGGCGUACGCGCCGCUGCCCCUGUGCCCGGCGCACUUCGCCCAGCCCGGCCGGCCUCUGUGCGUGGAGGAGGAGGAAGUGAAGAGUCUGCUCUCAGACUUUGGCAUCGUGACGGUUCAUUUGCAGAACAACCCCUGUCUGGACAGCAGGAGCCCGUUGACAGGGACCUACAGGAUCCUCCUCCAUCAGGUCCAGAAGAGGAGGUCUGUAGAGGCUGUGGGCUACUCAGCACACCACCCCGACCAGUACCAGAGCCCCAGGAGGUGGUCCACGGCGUCGUUGGAGAAGCACCAUCCCUCUGCUGUGUGCGUGGUUCUCUAACGAGCCAUGACUGCUUCAGUUGUGGCUAAACACACAUUUGCCCUUUUAUCUUUCACUCCCACAAGACGUUUUAACUUCUCUUGCUCUGUGAGGCGACAUGUUGCCUAAACAAAGAACUGGAAGCACGUUGUGCAACUGAAAUGGCGAACACAUGGAGGCUGAGGUCAGGGUGGGCGGUUCUACUGUCCCACAGAUGAUACGUAGCGUGAUCGCAGGGUACAGGCCGUGCAUCCUGCCUAACAAUAAACCAACAAGCAGCUCACAAAGUCCUGCUGAGCGGACAGAAGGCGCUGGUUCAGACGGAGCUCAGCGUACGUGGAAGAAAGAGGAAAGCACUCAGAGCCACACGAGGCCAGAACAUCUGGCCAACUACUGUCUCGUUGCUGUUUUUGUGUGUUUGAAACACAAAAGAUCAAAAUGCCUUCAUUUAAUGACAAUGUUUAUUUAAAACGUUAUAACAUUUAUUGAGCAUGACCAAAAUCAGGCAUAGACGUCUACACAGUUUAUUUUGCACAAUUGUACUGUGAUCUCCUCUCGUUAAUGUGAAGUGAUCAGCUCCCUGUUAACUUGUGUUUUAGGCUUUUUUGAUACUGAACUUUAUGCUACUGUUCAUCAAAAAUCUUAGCAAUAUGUAUUAAUUGAGCAGCAAAUGAUUCACCAGUUUUAAUAAAAUGAUAUUUCAGUA